AUGGCUCUUCAAGAGAACAAAGACUCCUACAAUAUUAAAGCGCUCUCCUUGUCGGAGUUUGUGCUGCAGUGUUCUGAUUGUCACCGUCUUUGCCUCGAAAAGACCGCCCGCGUUUUGGAGAAUAGAAGUCGCGCCCCACGGGGGUGGGAGGGCCUCUUCAGCUCCGUCGCCGAGCAGCGACGGUUCGAGGACUUGGACCUCUGUGAGUCAAGGUGCCAUAACGUGCAGGCUGUGUGCCCGUCACACGACAAGGUCCAAGAGUACGAGCAGGCGCUCGCAGCGGCGUCGCUCAAGCCGAAGAACAUUACGCCGCCAAACCCGUCGCUGCUACAGGCGGCUUCGAGGUGCCAGCACGCGGUCGAAGUCUUCUCAAACGUCUUGUUUGCCUUGGCGCAUAAGCCCAGCAAGGUUUCCUUCCCAAUAAAGGAUCCGGCAAAGGGGGAAGGCAAGGGCAGCGAACCCCACGAUGGAGCGCCAACAGAGACGCACAGGAAGGUGCUUGCAGGGGCUACGAACAUGAACAGCGAGAUCCUUCGCCGCGGAAGAGCGGGUCAUCAGGACCAGUUGAUCCCCAGGGAAGAGGACAUUGCCUCUUCGACGGACUCCGACUGGGUGACUCACACACCGACAACUGCACCUGGGUUGAGUGGCACGACGCCAAAGUGGUGA